CUCCUCCUCCUCCUCCUCCUCCUCUUCCUCGCUUUCCUUCGGCUCACUCGGCUCGCUCGCUUGUCACUCAAUCCUUCCCCAGCUCUCAGCAUCUUUGGGAAUAUACUCCUCACGUUCAUCCCAGUGGACCCCCGCCACCCGGAGUCACCAUUCCCACCCCGGAGAGCUCCACGCUGGCAGCCCAGCCCCUUCCCCGGCUGAGCAUCGGGCGCAAGACGCUGGUGGCGGCCGCCGUAGGGGUCAUGCUGGUGCUGGUCCUGGUGGUGCUCAUCCCCGUGCUGGUCAGCUCCGUCGGAGGGGGCGAGGAGGGCGGCGGCAGGUUCGAGAUGCUGGGCAGCUGCCGGAUGGUGUGCGACCCCUUCCCUACGGCGGAGGAGCCGAUAACCGCCGAGCAACAGGUGGACGACCAAGCCGACACCAGCGACCGCAGCAUCGGGCCGCCGCUGCCCACUUUCGCCGCUCACGCUUCAGAGGGAAGACCCGGACGCCCCGGCAAGCCGGGCCCCCCGGGGCCUCCCGGAGAGCCGGGCCCACCGGGACCCAAGGGUCCGCCCGGGGACGGCGUGGACGUGGUACGCACCGGGAUUCUAGGCUUAGGGGGUACGGGCUCGGUGAGCACGGCCAUGUACAACACCACGCCCCGGGUGGCUUUCUACGCGGGGCUCCGGAACCCACAGGAAGGCUACGACGUCCUGCGCUUCGAUGACGUGGUGACCAACAUCGGCGGGAAUUACGACGGCGCCACGGGCAAGUUCACCUGCAAGAUUCCCGGCACCUACUUCUUCAUAUACAACGUUCUGAUGAGGGGAGGAGACGGCACCAGCAUGUGGGCCGACCUGCUCAAGAACGGUCUGGUCAGGGCGAGCGCCAUCGCUCAAGACCAGGACCAGAGUUACGACUACGCCAGCAACAGCGUCAUCGUGCACUUGGACGCGGGCGACGAGGUGUGCGUCAAACUGGACGGGGGCAAAGCGCACGGCGGCAACAGCAACAAGUACAGCACCUUCUCGGGCUUCAUCCUGUACGCCGACUGACGAGCGCCGGUCGAUGACUUUGGCCGGAAGGCAGGCCGGCGUUGGCCCGGAAGCUGCGGAUCGGUGGCGAACGGUCUACCUCUUUACCCACGCGUCGUCUCCGUGCUGACGUGACGUCACGAUUCGGAAGACGCACCGCCCGAUCACGUGUUUGUU